AUGCAACGAAAUAACUAUUUCAUUCCAGUCAUUUUCACCACCGUUCUCAUAAGUGCUAUCAACCCUGCACGUAUACCGUUAGCAGGAGGUUUCGUUCCAUACGAGAGCGAAACAGACUCUCAAAACCAGUCAAGAGAGACCGAUGACAAAAAAUCAAUUUCCAAUGAGAAUGAAACACACGAAGUUGGUCCGUCGCUCGAUCUCAUCGAUGCCCAUCCACAUUCGCAUGAUGAUGAUAAUGCAUCUGCAAUUGAAACAGCAAAACGCCCUUUAAUUCAACCAUCAAUCGAAUUUCUCGAUGCACAAUUGCAUGGAGGAGAUGAGCAUGUUCACGAUCAUAACAACAAUGAGACAGGUCAUCGUGCCGCGGAUUUAAAUGACUUUCAGAAUUGGUUGAAAGAACAAAAUCAAACGGAUCAAUUGAAUCGGUUUCUGCAGUUGCAGAAAGAGAUGAAACAGUUAGACUUAAACGAUAAAAAGUCUCUAACUCUAAUUGAGAAACUCAAUCGAACUAUUGAAGAACUGAAAGCGGCAUGGAGAGACCAACAAGAGCGAAAACAUGAGUUAUAA